UCCGCAGUAUCCGCGUUGGGUGCAUGUUUCCACCAAGGUAACAUCCAUUGGUCACAGCCCUGAUGUGCUCUCCUUCGCCUCCUCAGGUCCAGCGGCACUAUCUGUCAGUGUGUAUUUCACACGCGGUGCCUUGUAGAUCGAUAUAAUAUUUCAACAAAAUGGUGGCGCUUGUGACCGCCUCAGUCCUUUCAGUCGGGAGCAAAAUAACAGGAGUUGCGCGAAACGCCACCAACCUCUUCACUGACUCCGUCCUCUCACAAUGUCCAUCAUGGAGACAGAGUCAGCAAGCAUUGAGCGCCGCAAGGCUGCAUUCGACAAUCUCGGAUCACUACAGCGAAACUUUUUGGUGGACUCGCGCGAGUACAAGCUGCAGUAUGCACAUCUAUAUUUUACGCGCCUUGUGUUGAUGCGACCCAAGGUGCUCAAGCAAGCAAAGCUGAAGUGGGGAUCGCUGGAUUCGACGCCGAAGCAUGUGGAAAAGGUGCUGGACGUGCAACCGGGGGAGAUCUCGUACCUGAUCGGUACCGUCUACAUGGAUAUGAAGCUGAAGCCCAAUAUCUUAAAUGAUAUCACCAAGGAUCACUGGAUUACAGCGCAGCCCGACAGACCGAAGUACACUGACGACGACGACUCCGUAUAUCUGGAAGAUGAAUCUGGUCGUGUCAAACUUACUGGCGCCAAGAUUACGAGCGUCAUUUUCGUCACAGGUGUCGUUAUGGGCGUUCUUGGAAGCGAGGACAUCAACGGAGACUUCAAGGUGGUGGAUGUGUGCUAUGCAGUACAACCUCCACAGCAGCCACUCAGCCUAAUGGAAACAGAUGAGGCAGACAAAUAUGUGGCCCUCAUAUCAGGGCUGCGGAUUGGCGGUGAUAGCUUUAAACCGCUAGAAAUGGAUCUUCUUGCAGAGUACUUGACUGGAGAGAUCGGCGGGCUUGAACGGUGUGACUAUGUCUACAACUUACACCCCGAACUGAUUUUCUCGUCAACACCACUACAGGAGCAAGCAGAAGGCGCCAACCUUGUGCGGGUCAUUAUCGCCGGGAACUCGAUCGUCACCCCGGAAAUUGUUGAGGAUGACACAAAAACGAAAAAGUACGGAUACGAUAGAUCAACAUUUGUUGCAGAAUCUACAGCAAUCCUGGAUCGUUUUCUUCAGGAUGUGUGUUCCAGCGUACAUGUUGAUAUCAUGCCCGGUGACAGAGACCCAUCUAGUAUUUCGAUGCCACAACAACCCAUUCAUCCAGCAUUACUCCAGUCCGCACGCGAAUAUUCAACAUUCCAGAGUGUGACGAACCCUUACUGGAGCAGCGUUGAUAAUGUCACUAUGCUGGGCACUUCGGGGCAAACCAUUGACGACAUUUACAAGUAUAUCAAGUCUGAGGAUCGACUGGAAAUGGCCAAAAAAACCUUGAGUUGGGGACAUGUCGCGCCGACAACACCGGAUACACUGUGGUGCUAUCCGUUCGGCGAUAAGGAUCCGUUUAUUAUGGAACAGGUUCCGCACGUCUACUUUGUCGGGAACCAGGACAAAUUUGCAACGGAACUGGUCAUUGGCAUGGAAGGGCAGCGAACUCGGGUUGUUAUGUUGCCACCAUUUGCAUCCACGGGGACGAUAGCUAUGGUCAACCUGAGGACAUUGGAAUGCCGCAGUGUUUCGUUCUCCACUGGUUCCAAGAAAUGA